AUGCUCCGCACAACAGCCACGCGAUCACUCGUAAAGAACUUCGCAAAGGUCCCAACGUCGAGAUCAAGCUACUCUGCAGCUUCCGCCACUUUUCGAAAUGCUGCUCCUCGACGCCAAUUGAGCAAUAAACGGCCCCAGGUCCUCGCUUCUUUGCCCCGUUCCAACACAGGCGCAGCUCUGUUUGCAACCAACAAAGCAGGACCACCCUACGACAAGAUCGAUACGAAAUCAGAGAAAAAAGUAGCAGAAUCGAAGCUUGAACCACAUCCUGAGGCUGUCUCGACCGCAUCUUCAGCUAUUCCCGUUUUCGAUCGCGGUCACAAAAAGGAGGAUGACGCCGACAUGAUGGCUGGCAUAAAGUCAGAUGUGAAGACUAUAAAAGAAACAUUCUCCCUAAAUGAAGUCCCUAGAGAGUCUUUGUAUAUCGGCGCUGCUGGUGUUAUACCAUAUGCUGCCACCUCCCUCUCAACCGUGUAUCUGGCUUGGGAUAUUAAUCACGCCCAUGCCAAUGGUACGGGAGUUCUCUUCUCUCCAGAGACGGCUCAUCAACUGCUUGAGUUGAUUACUCCAAUUCAAAUUGGAUAUGGCGCAGUGAUUAUCUCUUUCCUCGGAGCCAUCCACUGGGGCUUGGAGUAUGCGGGAUAUGGUGGAUACCACAGUUAUCGUCGAUACAUGUAUGGAGUUAUUGCACCAGCAGUUGCUUGGCCUACAAUAUUCAUGCCGGUAGAAUACGCCCUCAUUACACAAUUUCUGGCUUUCAACUUCUUGUACUUCGCAGACGCGCGUGCUACAGUGAAAGGAUGGUUCCCGGCCUGGUACUCGACCUACCGAUUUGUGCUGACGUUCUUCGUUGGUGCUUCCAUCGUGGCAACCUUGGUUGGCAGAGGACAGAUUGUGAGGGCGGAUCACUCUCUCAAGAGCCCCGUGGACUAUAUUAAGGGUGACAGGGAUGCUCAAUGGGAGGCCCUUGAGCGUGAGGAGAAGGAGAGACGUUUAGCACUAGAGAAGGAAUCCGAAGAAGAAGAUGCAGAGGCAGAGGAAGGAGGUGAGGAAGAGGGUAAAGAUGAGGGUAAAGACGAGGAGAGUAAGGAGAGUAAGGAGAGUAAGGGGGGUGAUAAUGACAAGGAGGCAAAAUAA